AAAAAAAAAAAUCGAAGGUUGACAGUUUGCCUUAAGGACUAUCCUGGCCUCACAGGCUGAAAGACAAGGCAGGAUGGGUAGAAGAUGGGUUAGGGAGGGACCAGCCCUGGCUCCACCCUUCCUACUUUAGAGCCAUGGAGAGUCCAGGUCCUGGUGGGCCACCCCUGGUGCAAGCGCCCUACACUGUACUGCUACUACCACUGGGGACAAGCCUCCAAGACCCAGGGGCCCAGAACUUCUUCCUCUGGUUGCAGAUGAUGCAGGCUCUGGAGAGGGAACAGGAUGCUCUGUGGCAGGGCAUGGAGCUGCUGGAGCACGGCCAAGCCUGGUUUUCAGCCCGUCUGAGGGAGAUGCAGCAGCGGCAGCGGCGGCUGGGGGCCCUUGGUGAGGGCUUUCUGAUGGACUCACAUUCAGAGGUCGACGCCCCUCAGCUAACCCAGAUUCAAAAGGUGAAUGCUUGCUUGCGCAGUGUCAUUCAGAAGGCCGAGACCUGCACAGCCCAGGACCAGAAGGGAAUGUCAAGGCAAGAGAACUUGUGGCAGCAGUGGGUAAACUGAGGAGCACUGAGCCCUGGUUGACAAACCCACAGGGUGGGUGGCAGGUGCCAGGCUGGUUCUCUCUCUUUUAGGAGUUGUCAAAGCAGCAGAACAGUGUCACCCAGUCCGCAGGAAAGAGGGGCGGCCAGGCGCCCCCAGGGCCAAAGGGGCCUACCCGUGUGUGA